GUCGACUCGGCACGCUUAUCAUACCUCGAGCAGAACGCGGCGCCUUCAAUCUCCAUAACGUUAACCAUUACAGUACUAGGAAGUGCGCUCAUCUUCACUGGCAGUCGGCGCACGGACACAAAGCACCCAAUUCCGUUGCCGUGUCGAGCAACUGUACAUAUCGGGAACGAUGAUCCUGCGUCUCAUAGAUGGCCGACUAUUACUGUGCCUCGGUAGUACCUGGACACCAGCGAGGGGAAAGCAGGGCCAGUCAUACAGGAUCAACUGGUUUUCCCGCCUUGAAUGUUAUCCCGCACAAAAGCGGCUCGGACUACGACACCACCGGCGACCGGCGAGGCAAAUGGACUCUUCGUCACUGGUCAGCACAGAGGCGGGCGUGAGUACACAGCGGAAGUGCCAGCAAAUGCGAGAGAAAUCAGUGGAAGACAUGAAGCGAGUGUCCUAUAUCCAGCUGCAUCUGCCCGGACAUACACUAGCCAUACGAUGCUGACUCGCGCCAGUGGAAGAAAGGAGUAAAG